UGUAUGCCGAGAAUAUUUUCAGAAUGGCGGGAAAAGAAAAGCACUUGAGAAAGAUGAAAAAAGAGCACUUCUUGCUUCUAAGACUGUUCCAGCUUUAAAUGUACCCCAGGCUCCCAAGGUUGAAGAUCCCUUGCAAAACUUUGGCUUGACAAAUCAUGAAGCUAUAACAGAAGAAUUGCUCCACUCCUUGGGGAAGAUCAGAUUACUUGAUGUUGGAAGCUGCUUUAAUCCAUUUCUGAAGUUUGAAGAAUUUCUGACGGUUGGCAUAGAUAUUGUUCCAGCUGUUGAGAGCGUAUACAAAUGUGACUUCUUAAACCUUCAAAUUCAGCAACCUCUCCAACUGGCACAAGAUGCUAUAGAUGCCUUCCUUAAGCAACUGAAAAAUCCCAUUGACUCUCUACCUGGAGAACUGUUCCAUGUUGUUGUUUUCUCGCUCCUCCUUUCUUACUUUCCAUCACCCUAUCAACGAUGGAUCUGCUGCAAGAAGGCACAUGAACUUCUCGUCUUAAAUGGCUUAUUACUGGUGAUAACUCCUGACUCAUCUCAUCAGAAUCGCCGGGCCAUGAUGAUGAAAAGCUGGAAAAUUGCCAUAGAGUCCUUGGGUUUUAAACGCUUCAAGUAUUCCAAGUUUUCUCACAUGCACCUGAUGGCAUUUAGGAAAACUUCCCUGCAAACGACAAGUGACUUGGUUAGCAGGAACUACCCAGGAAUGUUGUAUAUCCCACAGGAUUUCAACAGUAUAGAGGACGAGGAGUAUUCCAGCACUUCCUGCUAUGUUCGAUCAGACACAGAAGAUGAACAGCUAGCUUAUGGUUUUAUGGAGCUACCUGAUGCUCCUUAUGACUCAGACUCUGGAGAAAGCCAGUCUAGUUCAAUUCCUUUCUACGAGCUGGAAGAUCCUAUAUUGCUUCUAAGUUAAUGUAGUUGUUGAAAUGCCCUUUCAGUCAAACCUUUUGCUUAACUAAUUUUGCUCUACUAACAUGGGCUCAAACACACGGAAGCAGUUUGCAUAAAGAAAAUGCAAAGGUUUACAGAAUUUGCUAUUUUUUUCUACUUUGGAAUUUUAAAAUUUAUUCUUAUAUGAAAGUGAAAAAAAAUCCAAGUUUUAUGCAAAUGGCUCAUGUCAUAGCAUAAAUUGUUGUUACUUUCCUUAGAUUCGUAUUGCUAAUUUUUUUUCCAGAAAGGUACCAUUCUUUUCUUUAGUGCUGUGAAGUGUGAAUUCUAUUUAAUUUGCUAAAUGAUGUUUCAAUAUUUUAACCCAAUGUGGUUGAGCUUAAGGCACUGGAGUUGGUGGGCUUCUGAGAAGUAUAUGUAGGAAGAAAUAAUUUGCACUUUAAUUAAAUGUGCAGAUUGGUUAAGACACUUGGUUAAUUGGUUACGCAUGUCCCUUCUUCAUUAUGGAGCGAAACUUUUUUUUCCAAAAGUUGUUUCACUCUGAUUAAGCCUGGGCUAGAGAAACUAUCAGUGCUUGUACUUUUGAUCUUAUUUUUUAUUGCAGCCCUCUUGAGACAAC